AUGCUUCUAGGUGCAACUUUCUUAUUUUUUAGUUGCAUCUUAUUUGUUUCCAACGUAACAGCUAAAAUUGAUGAUGAACGUCGAAUAGUAGCUCUGGGUGACCUUCAUGGAAGCUUGGCUAAUACACUUGAGAUUCUAAAGUUUUCAGGCCUCAUUGACAAUGAUCUCCAUUGGAUUGGAGGUGAUGCUAUUUUUGUUCAAACUGGCGACGUAUUAGAUAGAGGUCUUGAUACCAUUAAACUUUAUGAGCUUAUUCAAAAUCUACGUGAUGAGGCACCACUUCAUGGCGGACUUGUUAUUCCUUUGCUUGGCAAUCAUGAAAUCAUGAAUCUUGUAGGUGAUUGGCGGUAUGUAUAUCCAGAUGAAGUAGAAACUUUUGGAGGAUUUGAAGCACGAAAGCUUGCGUUUAAAAAAGAUGGCUUUAUUGGCCAAUAUCUAACAUUACUCAACAUGACAACUAAAGUGGGCUCUACUGUCUUUUGUCAUGGUGGUAUAACACCUUUUUUCAGUCGCCGCGGUAUAGAUUGGAUCAACGACCAAACACAUGAAAGUAUUAUACCCUAUAUGGAAUCACAUGGUCACUAUGGUGAUGAUAAGUAUGGUCUAUUUGGUGGCUAUGGUCCAACUUGGUAUCGAGGUUAUGCUUUGGAUGAUGAAUCUAAAGUAUGUGAUAUACUAGAUGAAGCCUUAGAAUUAUUAGAAGCAAAUCGUAUGGUAGUAGGUCAUACAGUUCAACAUGAUGGUGCCAUUCAUACACGUUGCGGUGGUAAAGUCAUCUUGAUUGAUAUAGGUAUUUCAAAUGCCUAUGGUGGUAGAAAAGGAGCCCUAGAAAUCCGCGGUAAUAAUGUCUUUGCUUUAUAUGCUGAUCGUAAGGAAAGAUUGCCUUCGCCUCCUCCUUAUAUUCCGUUAAGUGAACGAACCAAAAAACAGCCUUUCAUUGUACAUGAAGAAUUAUAA